AUGGAGACCCCGGCGCCGCUUCCUAGCGGCUCGCCUCGCGCGCGCCGCGACGAGACUCUGCUUUUUUUGAACGAAGCAGGCGCGCAUGUCUCGGUUUUGCUAGAAACUGUUGAGCAGCAGCUAAAGGACAUGAGCACCGAUCUCCUCCCUCCGACGAGAGAAAGCCCGCGGGAGCCUAGAUCCUCUGCGACUGCGGCGCCCGCCCCGCCAGCUGCGGCUCCUGCGGAAGCUCUCCACGGCGACCAGGCGCCCGCGAUGGACGCUGAGGCGAGGGAGGCCCAGAUGCAUGCGUCGUCGGAGGCGAGAUUCUUUGCGAAGAACGUCGAGUACGUGCAGAGAUAUCACGCGACGUGCUGUUCGCUAAAUCGUUUGCUGCAUGCAGAGGUUGAGCGCAUGGAUCCGCUGCGAGAAGCCGUCUGCGGAGACAGUCUCUACAACGCAGCGCUGCAAGUGGAGAACCUCGAAUUGCUCAACGCAGAAAAAAAAAAACUGGCAAAGCUCAAGCAGGAAAUCCUUAGUACAGGGACUACCUGCUGA